AUGGUGAAAACCCGACGUAGUAACGGAGAGAAUGGGGAGGUUGAUGAAGGAAAUUAUUCAAUAAACGACGUUGGAAAUCUCUCUGAUGAGAAGGCAUCAAAUUGGUCUCAAAGAGAAUUAAGGAGUAGCCAAUACAAGGUUGCAAGAAAAAUACAACGCUGGCCAACUAGAUAUAGCCGCAGUAGACUACGUGCAAUCAAAAUGCCUCGGUCAAUGAUGUUCCCAGAAAGUGAUACAGAACCAGAAAAAUAUUCCAGAAGGUCUCGCCAAGUCAGAGUGUUUUUUGCUGACGAUAAUGACACAAAAAAUAGAAGUAUGAAAAUAAGGCGUAAUCGCGGGCCUAGGAAGAAUUAUAUGGAAGACAGUGAAGAUAAACCGAUACAGCAAAAUGUAAGACGCAGUUGCCGCAAGCGUAAGCUCCUUCAUCACAAUUUUAAUGAGAGUUGGAUAACAAAUGAAUUGAAAGUGAAAGGGUAUCCAGAUUUGUAUGUGUUCCCCGGCACAAGUUCUUCCGACGAAUUUUCAUCAGGAGACGAGGCCAGAGAAACUAAAAAAUUGACCCGCAGCCACGCCCCCACAAACACAGAUGAAGAUACACAGCUGUCACGCCAGAGAAGAACUUCGGCCAGGUUCACAAACAAAAAGGAUGCAUCAGAAUCGGAUUCAGAUGAUGAAAAUAAUCAGACUGUGAUAGAGAAGAAACCCGCGCCCGAAUCGAAAAAAGUUAAAGAGGAAAAUGACCAAAUGGACACAGAAGAAACACAGACAAAAGAAGAACAAAAUAAUGAAGAAAAGGAUGAAGAACAAGAUAGCACAAGUAACCAAGUUCCAGCUCGAUCAACCAGACGGAGAGGGAAAAGAAUUAAGAAGAAAGUUGUUAGUCAUCAAGAUACCGCGUCGUCGUCGUCGUCGGAGUCGAGCAGCUCGCUGCAGCGGCGGCCGCGGCGCUCGGGCCGCACGCGCGCCGCGCAGCCCGCCUUCGUGCAGCUCGCGCCCAGGGAGACCCGGCCGAGAGGUAAAGCAUUUACACUUAGAAAGAAACCAUAUAGUUUGAGAGAAAGAAAACCAAAGUCACUACGUAGGAAAACAAUAAGAUCACAAUCUCCAUCAAGCAGUAGUAGCAGUAGUAGCACUUCUAGUUCAGAUACUGAAGAAGAUCUCAAUGUUUCUAUGAAAAAUAAAACUAAGGGCAGACAAAAGUCAAAGUCUAUGGAUGACAAGAAGACAGACAGAGCGUUGAGGGACAUACAACCAAUAGAAGUAGAUGGCAGUGUCAGAUUUUCAUCUGUGGGAGGUUUAGAAGAACAUAUAAAAUGUCUUAGAGAGAUGGUCCUCUUUCCCCUAAUGUAUCCAGAACUCUUUGACAAGUUUAAGACUCGACCAGCCAAAGGUGUUCUUUUCCAUGGGCCCCCGGGCACUGGGAAGACUUUGUUGGCUCGAGCUCUGGCCAAUGAAUGCAGUUUGGUCGGUGGUAGGAAAGUAGCCUUCUUUAUGAGGAAAGGAGCAGAUUGUUUGAAGAAAUGGGUGGGGGAGAGCGAACGGCACUUGAAGUUAUUGUUUCAGCAGGCAAACAAAAUGAAGCCGUCCAUAAUAUUCUUCGAUGAGAUCGACGCACUGGCGCCCGUGCGGAGCGUGCGCCAGGAGCAAGUGCACACCAGCGUUGUGGGCACGCUGUUGGCAGAAAUGGACGGUGUUUGUGACAGGGGAGAAGUAAUAGUGAUAGGCGCAACGAACCGCCUGGACGCGGUGGACCCGGCGCUGCGCCGCGCCGGCCGCUUCGACCGCGAGCUGCACUUCCCGCCGCCGCACGCCGCCGCGCGCCGCGACAUACUGCACAUAUACACGCGCCACUGGCAGCCGCCGCCUGGCGAUGCCACUUUGGAUCAUAUAGCUGAUAUUACUAAUGGUUAUGGAGGGUCUGAUUUGAAGGCGUUAUGUUCGGAAGCAGUUUUAAAGGCAUUGAAGAGGGUCUAUCCACAAGUAUACGAGAGUGAUUAUGCCCUAGUUAUAGAUCCAAAAAAUGUGGAAGUGACGCAGAAAGAUCUAGAAGCGGCGAUAGAUAGCUUAGUAGCUGCGAGCUCUCGCAGCGCGCCGGCGCCCGCGCGCCGCCUGCCGCAGUACUGCGAGCCGCUGCUGUCCGCGCAAGUGAAGGCCGCCGCCGAGUUGCUCAGUGAGCCGUGUGUGGUUGGCAGCCACAGUAACACGCCUGAUUACUCCAACGUGCUGCUGGUGGCGGGCGAGUGCGCGGACAGCCACGUGGCGCCGGCGCUGCUGGCGCGCCUCGAGCGCUGCGCCGUGCGCGAGCUCAGCGUCGCCGCGCUGCACUCCGCGCUCGCAUACUCGCAGGAGCAGGCGCUUAUAUCGGUGUUCUCCGAGUGCCGUCGCGCGGACCGCGGCUGCGUGCUGCUGGUGCGCGACGCGCCGGCCGUGUGGCGUGCGCUGGGCGCCGCCGCCGCGCUGCUGCCGCAGCUGUGGCGCGCGCGCGCCGCCGGCGACGCCACGCUCAUGCUCGCCACCGCGCCCGCGCAUCACGAUAUGCCCGAACAGCUCCAAGAACUGUUUCCAGAGUACAAAGACUGCGUAUACAGGGUGCGCGAGCCCACCGCUUCUGAAGUCAUCAACUUCCUGAAACCUAUCAUCACUGAAGCACCGCUACAACCUCCCAUUAUAGAGAAUAAUGACCCGCCGCCUCCUUUGCCUAGAGCUCCACCCCCUCCCCCACCAAGAGAAAGCAAAGAGGAGAUAGCGAGGAGAAAGAGAAAAGAAGACUAUAAGCUACGAGAGUUAAGGAUAUUCCUUCGCGACAUCUGCAGGAAACUUGCUUCGAAUAGGCGUUUCUAUAAAUUUACUAAGCCUGUGGAUUUAGAAGAGGUCACAGAUUACUUGGAUAUCAUCAAACAGCCAAUGGAUUUAGAGACUAUGAUGACUAAAGUCGAUAUGCACAAAUAUAACUGCGCUAAGGAAUUUUUGGACGAUGUCGACUUAAUAUGUGCCAACGCUUUGGAGUAUAACCCGGAUAGAACGUCAUCAGACAAGCAGAUCCGUCACGAGGCGUGCUCGCUGCGCGACCACGCGCACGCGCUCAUCGACGUGGAAAUGGAUAGCGACUUCGAGCUCGAGUGCCAGGACAUCGCGCGUCGCCGCCAAGAGGAUGGCGCAGCGGAUAACGACCUACCAGACUUUAUAUACACGGCGUCUAAUUUACCUGAAGGUUUCGAUGGAUCAGUAAAUGAUAAAACUGUACGAACGCCACAGAACGGUGAGAAGAGUGAGACGCAUUCAGCAAAACGCAAACGUAGAAGAAUUAACGCGUGGUCCAAAGGCUUGGUUGUGAAGCGGCAGAAAACAUCGCAAAAGAAUUACAAAGAUGCAAGUAUGGCGAUCACAGACGAAGAGUCCAAAGAGAACAAGCCGAUAACAUCCACCCCCCUGCACAACGGCUCGUGCAGCUCCUCCGGCUCCGACGACGACGCGCCUCUAAGAAGGCCCGCGAAUGACGACUCGCUAAUCGAUUUCAAUUCGCAUUCGCAAAUUAAUCAUGUUAUUGAAAGCCCCGCUAAGUCUACGGAUAAGUCACCAACAAAACCAUUACCAAAGAAAAGAAAUUCCGGUCACGAGGCAUCGACUGGAGAUGACGAGAAAGUACUGAUAAACAAGACUGAGUUAGAUAACAUACUGUAUAAGAACGCUAAAGCCCUGCGCGGCAUCGGGCUGCACGCGCUGCUGGAGCUGUACGCGCAGCUGGCGGCGCUGGUGCGGCAGCUGGCGCCGCGCCGCGACCGCACGCGCCUGCCGCACGACAUGCAGGCGCUCGUGGCGCGGUAUCUGCAUCACCGCAGGAGA